CUCAAUCCAAAAACAAAACUUCAUUUCACUCCUCAUACUUAAACUAAACUUAUUUCUUCAAGAUUUUAAGAAAAUGGACAAAAAAGUUGAUGGUGCUAAAUCUAGCAAUGUAGCACAAACCGGUGCAGCUGGAACUGGUUCAGGGAAUAUGGUGGCACCUGGUACUGGAGGUGUAGUUCAGAUACCUCGGGAUGCUUUUGAAGCAAACACUAAGGCGUAUUUUGACGGCCUUCAUGCCAAGGACAAGGCAACUAAUAAGUGAGAAGUGUUUAGUGGUUAAAAUAAUGAUCAGUACCUUUAUUGUUAUGCUCCUAUGAUGUGAUUCUCCUAUUAUGAUCACAACUUAAUUAAAUAAAAUGAGUUAUUGUUUCU